UAUACGUUCUUUGAGUUGAAUUUGCACUGGUACGCAUCGCACGAGUCUGGUACACCUGUUGGGUCGAAGGUCGUUUGCUAAGAUAAGGUUGGUUAAGUUGCCGAUACAAAAAUAAUUUCAGGUUUCUACAUAAAAAUGGUAUCGUUUUUACAAGCCACACGUUCACUUUGUGCUCAAACACGUAAUUUUAGUUCCAAAAUACACGAUGUUGUAAUUGUAUCUGCGACUCGUACACCAAUUGGUAGUUUUCAAAGUCAAUUAGCACCAUUAUCUGCAACCCAACUAGGCGCUGCAGCAGUGGAGGCUGCAGUGCAGCGCUCCGGCAUCAGCAAGGACCAGGUAGAUGAAGUUAUUAUGGGAAAUGUGGUGUCUGCGGGUUUGGGACAAGCUCCUGCUCGCCAAGCAGCUAUUUUCGCCGGUUUACCUAAGAAUGUGUGUUGCACAACAGUGAAUAAAGUGUGCUCUUCUGGCAUGAAAGCUGUUAUGUUGGGUGCGCAGUCACUUAUGCUUGGUCAGGCUGAAAUAGUAGUCGCCGGCGGUAUGGAGUCUAUGUCGAAUGUGCCAUAUUAUAUGAAGCGUGGACCUACUCCUUAUGGUGGUAUUCAACUCACCGACGGAAUUGUAUUUGAUGGCUUAACCGAUGUUUACAACAAAUUUCACAUGGGCAACUGCGCUGAGAAUACAGCCAAGAAAAUGAGCAUCAGCCGCCAGGAGCAGGAUGAAUUUGCCAUACAAUCUUAUAAGCGUUCAGCCCAAGCGUGGAGCGAUAAAGUUUUUGAUGCCGAAAUUGCGCCAGUGAAAAUACAAUUGAAACGCAAACCUGAAGUUAUUAUCUCCGAAGAUGAGGAGUACAGGCGUGUAAAUUUUGAUAAAUUUGGUCAGCUAGCUACUGUCUUUCAAAGAGAGAAUGGUACAGUAACAGCUGGAAAUGCUUCAACGUUGAACGACGGCGGUGCUGCUACAGUGCUAAUGACGGCGGAGGCAGCAGAACGUUUAAAUUUGAAACCGCUUGCACGUAUCGUGGCCUUCCAAGAUGCCGAAACAGAUCCCAUCGACUUUCCCAUUGCGCCCGCUUUUGCAGUGCCCAAGCUAUUGGCGCGUGCUGGCAUUAACAAGCAAGAUGUUUCCAUGUGGGAAAUCAACGAAGCCUUUUCGCUCGUCGUCUUGGCUAAUAUAAAGAAAUUGGACAUCGACCCGGCUAAAGUGAAUAUUCAUGGCGGUGCUGUGUCUAUUGGCCACCCAAUUGGUAUGUCUGGAGCACGUUUGGUAACACACUUGUCACAUACCUUGAAGCCUGGUCAAUUUGGAUGUGCUUCAAUCUGCAAUGGUGGUGGCGGUGCCUCAUCCAUACUUGUUCAAAAAUUGUAAACUCUGCUCUAUCCUAUUAUAGAGAUUUGAUAGUGGAGACCAGAUGUGCAUUUAUUUUAGAAAACUUUAUUGGAAAUUCAAUUUAAGUGAAAAGUUACUUGUAUUUAAAGGAAAUGUUAUAUGUAUUGUAUGU